AUGGCUUCUCCCGGCAGCGAAUCUCCGGCGUUGGCCCCUUCUGCCUCGCCUGCUAAUGUUCCAUCUCAGCCACCUCCCCCGGCUGACAACAGAAACAUUGUCCGAAGAAAGCUUACUGGCUAUGUUGGUUUUGCCAACCUACCUAACCAAUGGCACCGAAAGAGUGUUCGUAAGGGAUUCAACUUCAACGUGAUGGUUGUUGGUGAGUCUGGCUUGGGCAAGUCUACUCUGGUCAACACUCUGUUCAACACCUCCCUGUACCCCCCCAAGGAGCGCAAGGGACCCAGCCUCGACAUUAUUCCCAAGACUGUUACUAUCCAGUCCAUUAGUGCCGACAUUGAGGAGGCAGGUGUUCGUCUCCGCCUGACCGUUGUCGAUACACCAGGUUUCGGCGAUUUCGUCAACAACGACGAGUCCUGGCGUCCUAUCGUCGACAACAUCGAGCAGCGAUUUGACUCUUACUUGGAUGCUGAGAACAAGGUUAACCGCAUGAACAUUGUUGACAACCGUAUUCACGCAUGUGUCUUCUUUAUCCAACCCACCGGCCACUCCCUGAAGCCUCUUGACAUUGAGGUCAUGCGCCGACUUCAUACUAAGGUCAAUCUGAUCCCCGUCAUCGCCAAGGCUGAUACUCUAACCGACGAGGAAAUUGCUGCCUUCAAGUCACGAAUUCUCGCCGAUAUCAAGCACCAUGGCAUCCAGAUCUUCGAGGGGCCUAGAUACGAGCUUGAUGAUGAAGAGACGAUCGCCGAGAACAAUGAGAUCAUGUCCAAGGUUCCCUUCGCUGUUGUUGGUGCCAACAACGAGAUCACAAGCGCCGAUGGUCGCAAGAUUCGCGGUCGUGCCUACCCUUGGGGCAUCAUUGAGGUGGAUAACGAGGAGCACUGUGAUUUUGUCAAGCUUCGACAAAUGCUCAUCCGAACACACAUGGAGGAGCUCAAGGAGCACACCAACAACCAACUCUACGAGAACUACCGUACCGACAAGCUGCUCGCCAUGGGCGUGUCGCAAGACCCCAGCGUUUUCAAGGAGGUCAACCCUGCUGUCAAGCAGGAGGAGGAGCGUGCCCUGCACGAGCAGAAGCUAGCCAAGAUGGAGGCCGAGAUGAAGAUGGUCUUCCAACAGAAGGUAGCCGAGAAGGAGAGCAAGCUCAAGCAAUCCGAAGAGGAACUGUACGCCCGCCACAAGGAGAUGAAGGAGCAACUCGACCGCCAACGACUGGAGCUCGAGGACAAGAAGCAGCGAGUCGAAAGCGGACGGCCACUAGAGAAGGAAGGCAAGCGAAAGGGUUUCUCUCUUCGCUAA